GGCGCUUUAUAGCUGCAAUCUGGGCGGCUCCACUCGCUGUUUUUCCUCUUUCCUAGGUGGUGGCUGUUCUCUGGCUUGCGAAGAUGCAGCUCAAGCCGAUGGAGAUCAACCCCGAGAUGCUGAACAAAGUGCUGGCCCGGCUGGGGGUCGCCGGCCAGUGGCGCUUCGUGGACGUGUUGGGCCUGGAGGAUGAGUCGCUGGGUUCAGUGCCGGCGCCCGCCUGCGCACUGCUGCUGCUGUUUCCCCUCACAGCCCAGCAUGAGAACUUCAGGAAAAAACAGAUUGAAGAACUGAAGGGACAAGAAGUCAGUCCUAAAGUCUACUUUAUGAAGCAGACCAUUGGUAACUCCUGUGGAACCAUCGGACUGAUACAUGCAGUGGCCAAUAAUCAAGACAAGCUGGAGUUUGAGGAUGGGUCAGUCCUGAAACAGUUUCUUUCUGAAACAGAGAAGUUAUCCCCUGAAGACAGGGCAAAAUGCUUUGAAAAGAAUGAGGCCAUUCAGGCAGCCCAUGAUGCUGUGGCACAGGAAGGCCAAUGUCGGGCUGUUGAGAAGAGUGAGGUAGAUGAUAAGGUGAACUUUCAUUUUAUUCUGUUCAACAAUGUGGAUGGCCACCUCUAUGAACUCGAUGGACGAAUGCCUUUCCCCGUGAACCAUGGCUCCAGUUCUGAGGACUCACUGAUGCAGGAUGCUGCCAAGGUGUGCAGAGAAUUCACUGAGCGUGAGCAAGGAGAAGUCCGCUUUUCUGCUGUGGCCCUCUGCAAGGCCGCCUAAUGUCUUACUCGAGGGAGCUAGCUCCUCUUUACCCCUAUCCCGUCAACAAGCAACUCAACCCCUAGCAAUGCAUUCUGUGAUGCUCUGGUACUUGUAGCAUCCAGCUGUCCUUCGUUCUGCAGAUAGAAGCUCUUACCCUUAGCCUCACCUAGUCCCUAGCAGAGCUCAGCUGUUGACAGCAAAGUUUGGUGUAAGCUUCAGAUGGUGAAGCAUCCCCCCCAUGGUCCCCUCCCCACUGUAUGUCUUAUACCUCACUAUCUAAUGCUUUAAAUGGCUUCUUUGGUUUGUGUUUGUCAGUUAAGGACUGGGAUGUGAUUUGUUUGUCCUUAAUAAAGAAAUAAAACUUU